AUAAAAUCCCCAGUUCACACAUAAAAAGACUUCGUACUUGUCUUCCAUUUCCAACCUUCACCAACCAUCUCUUUUAUUAAAACCCUCCCAACCAAUUCCUUAACAGCUCUUAUAAAUAACAUCCUCGUCUUUCAUUUUUACCUCAUUGAUUUCAAAAUACAAAAGGAAGAAAAAAAAAUGGUUGAGGGUUCGGUUUUAUCGUUGUCUCCUAGUUUUCAAUUGUACUCUGAUGUCGCCGCCGCUAAGGGUGGCGGAGAUUUUAACAAGCUCGGCGUUUUUGAGGUGCCGGAAAAUGAAGUAAGCUUCAUACCCGAUAUUUCGGAUGAGAAUGAGAAGAAGCAGCCGAAACUUGAAGAUGAAGAAGAGAAAGAACACGUAGAAGAAGAAGAAGAAGAAAAUGAAGAAGAGGAAGAGUUCUCGUUUUCUUGUACGAAUCCUGAUGGGUCGCCGAUAUCGGCGGACGAUGUUUUCGUUAACGGUCAGAUCCGGCCGAUAUUUCCGAUAUUUAACCGAGAUCUUUUGUUCGGUGGCGGUUACGACGGAGAUUUGAAGUCUAAGGUCGAUUCUUUGAGUCUCCGGCCACCGUUGAGGAAGCUGUUUGUGGAGGAGCGAGAUGGGUCGGAAUCGGCUUCGGAAUCCGACGAGCUUGAAAGUGUCCCAGCCGACACGUACUGUGAGUGGUCCGGCGCCGCCUCCGGCGGAGGAAAGGCGGUGGAGGCUUCGCCGGAGCUUUGCAAGAAGAGUAACUCUACUGGGUUCUCUAAGCUAUGGAGGUUCAGAGAUUUGGUUCAUCGAAGCAACAGCGAUGGCAAAGACGCGUUCGUUUUUCUCAACCAUUCUUCUCCUUCUUCUUCUUCGUCGGCUGCGAACGACAAGUCGCGUAACGAAACGGCUAAGAAAAACGACAAGAAAGUCGAGCAAAACGACAAGAAGCCGCCCGUGGUGGUGGCGGUGAAGGAAGAAAAAACAAAAGAAAAAGCAAAGGGGAAAGUGAAAACGGCGUCGUUGUCAGCACAUGAAAAACAUUACGUGUCAAGUAGAGCCAAGAGAGAAGGAGAUAAGAGAAAAUCUUAUUUGCCGUAUAGGCAAGACUUGGUUGGGUUUUUCACUAAUGUCAAUGGGUUAAGCAGGAAUGUUCAUCCUUUCUAAGAAGUACUAAGUUUUUUUCUUUUGGGGUUUGGGGAUUUUACUUAUUUUGGGUUAAUUAUUUAUUUAUUUAUUAAUUAAUUAAUGUAAAUGUUAUUAGCAGAGAAUAGAAGUGUGGUUAUUACUUAUUAACUUAGAAUAUUUUGUGUAUAAACAUCAAUAAUAAUAGCUUGGUGUUCUUUUUAA